GGAUCUGUAAGCCUUCUUAUGGUCUUGUAUGUUCUUGGUUACAAUGCAGAAAAUCAUUUAAAUGUUGCGGAGUUUUUUACAGAUGAUGAUUUUAUGAUUUCAGAUGCAUCAGAAUUUAAUUAA